CGGCGCAGAUCACGUGGUGCCGGGCAGCAGGCGGCGCGCGCCGGUGCGACGUCAACGCCGCCCGCUAAGCUUCCCCCGACCUGACUACCGCGGCCGGGCCUCGGCUGAGUACCCCGUGGGCCCGGGUCCGGCCGUUUGCUGAGUACGGUUGCGGCCACCAUGGACAACUCCGGGAAAGAAGCGGAGGCGAUGGCGUUGCUGGCCGAGGCGGAGCGCAAAGUGAAGAACUCGCAGUCCUUCUUCUCGGGCCUGUUUGGAGGCUCAUCCAAAAUAGAGGAAGCCUGUGAGAUCUACACCCGAGCAGCAAACAUGUUCAAAAUGGCCAAAAACUGGAGCGCUGCCGGAAACGCUUUCUGCCAGGCCGCCCAGCUGCACCUGCAGCUCCAGAGCAAACACGACGCGGCCACCUGCUUCGUGGACGCCGGCAACGCGUUCAAGAAAGCUGACCCCCAAGAGGCCAUCAACUGUUUGAUGAGAGCGAUCGAGAUCUACACGGACAUGGGCCGAUUCACGAUCGCGGCCAAGCACCACGUCUCCAUCGCUGAGAUCUACGAGACGGAGCUGGUGGACAUCGAGAAGGCCAUCGCCCACUACGAGCAGUCUGCAGACUACUACAAAGGGGAGGAGUCCAACAGCUCAGCCAACAAGUGUCUGCUGAAGGUGGCUGGUUAUGCGGCUCAGCUGGAGCAGUAUCAGAAGGCCAUUGACAUCUAUGAGCAGGUGGGGACAGGUGUGGCCCGUCGUCCCUGCACGGUGCUCCCUCCGUUACCUCCC